UGUGAGUGAUCUGCCAGACAGCACACUCUCAUUUUACUCUCCUGGAUGUCCCCUGAUCCGCUGACAUCAUGAACCUAAAGCUCCUCUUCUUUUGCCUCUUCUUAGCGGUGCUGCUCAUACCUGCUGAACUGAAACGUAAAAAGGACAAAAAACAUCAUCAUCAUCAUGACCAAGAUCAUGAGCAUGGCCAACAUGGGAAAAAGAGAGGAAGAUUUAAGGAUAUAAUUGAAGACUUCUUCUUUGAGGUCAUAGAUGGAGUUUCUGGUGAUGAUGACGAUGAUGAUGACCAAAGUAAUUCUGACUGGCUUUUUGAAAUUCAAGAGCCAGAAGGCCAAUGCAACCCAAACCCUUGCCUUAACAACGGAGUGUGUAAGGAGAAAAACAAGAGAAGAUUCAAAUGUGACUGUCCCAGACCUUUCAAGGGAAGGAGAUGCCAGAAAGGUCCAAUGGCUUGUAGGAGAGGUAAGUGUGGGCGUGGUGAGUGUGUGCUGACUUCAAAUCCACCGUUUUACGAGUGCAAAUGCAAGGAGCCCUUCCAGCCUCCGGACUGCAAGCGUUAUUCACUGUGUGAGACUAACCCAUGUAGGAAUGGUGGACAAUGUGUCAUUGAUGGUAAUGACUUUGACUGCCAGUGCCCUCCAGGGUACAGAGGACGUUUCUGCCAUGUUGGUCCAAAUGACUGCUAUGUGGAUGAUGGAGAGUCGUAUCGUGGCAAUGUGAGCGAGACAGAUGACGGUGACGAAUGCCUUUACUGGAACUCACAUUUCAUCCUGGAGAAUGGAGCUGAUCCCUUCAACUCCUUUGAGGACAAAGAUGGACUUGGCCAUCACAACUUCUGCAGAAACCCAGAUGGAGACACGAUGCCUUGGUGUUUCUACAGAAGAGGCCGCAGGUUGCUGUGGGAGCACUGUGAUGUGAUAGAGUGUCCUGUGCCAUCAGAUGUCGCGCCGACUGAAAUUGUCCCCACAGUCCCUGAUCCCAUUAUCCCCGAGCCACAACCAACAAAACCUGAACCUACAGCAGACUCCAAGCCAGCACCUACCAUCCCCACUGUAAAGCCCAGCCAAGCUCCACAAACUUCUCCUGCACCCACUGAUGCUCUUCCCACCCCCUUGAUCACUGUUGCACCGCCACCGUUCUCCACCUGCGGGAAGCCUCAGCCAAAAAAAGCCAUGACCCGAAUUUUUGGGGGUCUGAAGGUCGCUCCUGGGGCAAUACCCUGGCAGGUGUCCCUGCAAGUGAGAUCAAAGAACACCAACCAGCCAUUCAGACAUAUCUGUGGAGGAGUUCUCAUUGCUAGCUGUUGGGUACUGACAGCUGGGCACUGCAUUGAACAAAGAAAGGACAUGGAGGUGGUUUUGGGAAGUCUGUCACAGGAUGUGACAGAACACACAGAGCAAACCAUAAAAGUUGAAGAGGCUAUUGUACAUGAGAACUACAGGGAGACUCAUUCAGCUGUACACAAUGACAUAGCCUUGCUGAAGCUGGAAGGUACCGGUGGAGUUUGUGCCAAUGAAACUCAGUUUGUGAAGACAGCCUGUCUGCCUGAUGCCCCACUGCCUGGUGGGAUGGAGUGUACCAUUUCUGGAUGGGGUGCCACUGAAGAAUCUGACUAUGGUUCCAGCCACCUGCUGGAGGCCAAUGUACUGCUGAUCGACCAGGAGAAAUGCUCCGAACCAAAGGUUUAUGGCAGGGUCCUGGAUAAUAGCAUGUUCUGUGCUGGCUACCUGCAGGGAGGGGUGGAUUCCUGCCAGGGCGACUCUGGAGGACCAUUGACUUGUAAGCAGAACCACACCAACGUUAUUUAUGGCCUGGUCAGUUGGGGGGACCAAUGUGGGAGGAAGAACAAGCCUGGCGUCUACACUCGAGUCACUAAUUUCCUGAACUGGAUAAAAUCAAAGAUGCAAGCAGCAUCUCCAUAAGCAGCAUGCCAGACAGUGUAGCCAAGGGAUUGGAUAUGAAUGGAACAAGUCCCACUCAUGAUGAUUUAGCUUUUGGAUUUUGUGCAGUUGAACCUGGUAUUUUGCUCCUCAGGUCUAUGUCACUGUAGAUUGUAAUGCUCCCUAAAUCAACCUUUAAAAAAAAAAUCUGAUCUGA